AUGAUGGCCACGGCCAGUCCAGCCACGAUUUCCACGGCCCGUCUGGCCACGGCCAGGAUUCCCACGACCAUGAUGGCCACGGCCAGGAUUCCCACGACCAUGAUGGCCAGUCCGGCCACGGGCAGGAUUCCCACGGCCACGCUUCCCACGACCACGAUGGCCACGAUUCCCACGGCCAGUCCGGCCACGACCAUGAUGGCCACGGCCACGAUUCCCAUGGCCAUGAUGGCCACGGCCAGUCCAGCCACGAUUUCCACGGCCCGUCUGGCCACGGCCACGAUUCCCCCGGCCAGUCCGGCCACGACCAUGAUGGCCACGGCCAGGAUUCCCACGACCAUGAUGGCCACGGCCAGUCCAGCCACGAUUCCCACGACCAUGAUGGCCAGUCCGGCCACGGGCAGGAUUCCCACGGCCACGAUUCCCACGACCAUGAUGGCCAGUCCGGCCACGGGCAGGAUUCCCACGGCCACGAUUCCCACGGCCAGUCUGGCCACGGCCACAAUUCCCAUGACCAUGAUGGCCACGAUUCACACGGCCAGUCCGGCCACGGCCACGAUUCCCACGGCCAGUCCAGCCACGAUUUCCAUGACCAUGAUGGCUACGAGUCGAGCGUUCAGUCAGGUCCCAUCCAGUCUGUCCACCAGUCCAUAUUUGGUUCACAAAAGGCAAUGUUUCUGCAUUGUGAGUUUGACCUGGGACCAGAAACCCCUACAGCUGGGGCAAAGUCAUGCACAUUCAACACUCAAACCAAUAAGUGGACUGAGCUGUAUGAUGACCCCUCUGUUUGUGACUGCUGUGAAUCAACAUGUCACUCCCCUCAUAGAAAUUCUGCUACCGAUCGCUACAAGUCUAUGACCACCAGUAAGUCUUGGGAAGUGAAAUUUGGUGAGAACGAUGACAAAUUUGUUCUGGGACUUGGAUGACUACUAGGAGAAUUUAACUUAAGCACAUUUUUUAAAUGGAGGCCAUUACUUUGCCACUCUUUCAAAAUGUCAUGCUAAUUUGAGGUCUUAUAAAUCUUGUCUUAAGCUUUUGUAUAAGAAACUUUUAAUGCCUUAAUGCAGUCAAAAAUAAAGUUAACA